CGAGCGAGCGGCAGGCGGGCGGCAGGUGCCGCGGCCCGGCGCCGCAGCCUCGUCGCGCGUCCCCGCGAUGAGCCUCGUCCCGCGGCCUGUCCCUGCCGGCUGCCGGUCGGCGCGGGCCUCACGGCGUGACCCGAGCCUCGUGGUGUGGCGGGCCCCCGCGGCGCGACGCGGGCCCUGAGCGGGAGCGGCGGUGCCUCCCGCGGCCCAGGCCUCGCCCUCCCGCGCUCCUCGAUGUCUCCCCGGCGGGGAGGACGCUGCCUGCGACACCCGCCGAGCGGCGCCCCCCGGAGCGCCCCGCUGUCGCCCCGCGGCGACGAUGAGGGCGGAGGGCGCCGACCACUCGAUGAUCAACCUGUCGGUGCAGCAGGUCCUGAGCCUCUGGGCCCAUGGCACGGUGCUGAGGAACCUCACGGAGAUGUGGUACUGGAUCUUCCUCUGGGCUCUCUUCUCCUCUCUGUUUGUCCACGGUGCUGCAGGCGUGCUGAUGUUUGUGAUGCUGCAGAGGCACAGGCAGGGCAGAGUGAUCUCUGUCAUUGCUGUCAGCGUCGGCUUUCUGGCCUCUGUGACUGGAGCUAUGAUUACUAGUGCAGCAGUGGCAGGCAUCUACAGAGUGGCUGGGAAGAACAUGGCUCCCCUGGAAGCCCUGGUGUGGGGCGUGGGGCAGACUGUACUGACCCUUAUCAUCUCCUUUUCAAGGAUCCUCGCGACACUUUGAGGUUCUGAGGGAAUGUCUUCUUAACUAAGGAAAUAGAUGUACAGCUUCCCCGGAAAUGGCGUUGUUAACCAGCUGAAAUGAAAUUGUACAAGCAGGGACCCGUCAAGUCAAACCUAGGGAAGACUUGAGCUGUGUGGAAAGCCUGCCCUCUGGCGUUCAAGUGAUUGCACUACCGCACUGCACCUUACGUGCCUCCAUCCCAGGCAAGGUGCACAGGACACUCUGUGAAGCUGCAAGAAAAAGCACCUUGUUUAGCUGCCAAUCAGGUUAACAUUGGUGUGAGGUCAUCCUUCUCAACAGUGUUGUGUUAAGUUACAGGGACGUUUUGAGAAACUGAUCUAUGUGCCAAACUUUUCUUUCUGUUAACAUCGAUCAUGUGACAGUUUGCAAGUGUAGAUGUAGGUGAGUGCUGUGAAUGUACUUGACAUGGGUUCAGGUAACAUAGUCAGACUUUGUUUUGUCAUGUUCACUCCUGUAUGAAUGCCGAACACCAGGCUUUCAGUACUAAGGAAGGCAUUUGGUUGUUAAAGCUGAGUGUUUCUGGGACUUGGGGCUUUAAUAUGUCUAUGUGUUGUUAUUUAAUUUAAGUGAAAAACAGUAGUCUUCUUAAUGGAAGACUAGCUGAGCUGUUCUAAGAACUCAAAUAGACUUGAAGGGUGCAUACUUUGCAGUGACUUUCACCCUUUUAAUGGUUUCCCUGUACAUCAUACUCUAUUUAUAUGGAUUCAAACACAUUGUCACUUGUGUGUCAUAAAACAUCAUUUGAAAUUUUUCUUAUAAAUUUUGUAAGAAGUCUGAAAUGCAUGUUGCAUUCUUCAACCCUUCUAAGAAAGUUCUUGCCUCAUAAGUCACAGAACACGACCUUCUAACUCAUGUUGUGGUAGGAUUGUGUUGUACGUGUACACGUUUCGGCAGUCUUUGAUUCCGGAGUACUAACUGCUUAGAGAGUGGCCUAAAUUAGGCUCUGGGAUUUAAAAUGCCUCAUUUAUAGAAGAGUAAUAAGUACCUUACAUAGGAAGAACAGGAACUCUCUUGCUCUGUGUGUGUGGUGGGGUUAGGAUUACACUAAAUAAAAACUGGGGGACGGACAUAGUGUAUCACUUACAAGUUGGCAGUUCGUCAGAGUGUAUCAAGACAGCACAGAGCCUUUGUCUGAGGGCUCAUUUCAGGGGUGUCAUUUGAGUUCGUGUUUCUAAGUUAUUACCUGAGUCAAAUAGUGUCUUGGAUCACACUCAUUAAAAUUCUAAAAUAUAGAAUUUGUCUGUAAAACCUUUUAGGAGGUUUAUAAAAAUACACAGUUGUUGGUUAUGAAUACAAGAAGUCGGGAAAGUACAGACCCUGGUUGAACUGAGUAUUGUGGGGGGCGGGGAAGAUGGUUAACUAGUUGUGAUUACAGUGUGCUAACUUAAGAGAAUAUCCAUUGUAGAGAUUAUGAAUUUGUAAGUAAGCUAAAAAAUAAUGGAGCACCCUAAGCUCUUUAACUUAAUUUAGUUUUAAGACUUUUAUUAUCCAUACCCCUUUUCUCUAGCAAAAGAAUAUAUUGACAGUUUUUGGAGGGGCUGCUUUUGCCAGUACAUAAACCAGUUUAUAAUGUGACUUGGAAAUUCAACAACCCCCCAAAUCAACCAAUCAGCAAGUCUUCACCCUGAGAAAUGUGGGAAAACAAGUCUAGAGAUGGAUUCUGUGUACAAGCCUGCUGUUUCUCCCAUGUGUUCUUUAUAUUCUUCAUGCUUUCUGAAGUGAAACCUAGGCAUCUUUUCCAGAUAGACCUGGUUCUCCUUUCGUGUUGGCUGAUUUCUGCUCUUCCCUCAAGCAGCUUGUCCAGAAUUCAGAGCUUCGUGUACCAGCAGGAAAAUUGCUAACAUGGACAGUGCUUCCUCAUGUACAGAACAAAUAAUUAUUUUAACAUGGUUAUUUUAUGAUCUAAGAAAGUUAUCAUAGGAGGUAAUAUGGAGCCCAGUGUUUAUAACCUAAAAUUAACUAGAAAUUAGCUUGACACAUUGAAUAUGUGAAUGAAUGGACCAAAAAGGUUUGAGCUCCUGUUUCUGCUCUAGGAUGAAAGUCUGAGAGGGUUAUCAUUUUAUAGACUGUCCUGAAGUCAUCUCAUUGUCAAGCUGAUUUGCAUUAAGAAUUGUGUUUGUGUGUGUAUGUGUGUGUACUUUUAUUUUGAGGGGCAUUUUUAAUUUCUUCAGUUAUUUCCAUUGGGAUUUUGUGUAACUGUCACUCUUGGUAGUUUGAAAUGCAGUUGAAUAGUAUGGAUUUAUGAAACUGUCUAAAUAGCUGUUUAUAUGGUGAAGUUUUCAAGAAGAUAGCCAUUUCUUAUAGAGACAAAUGUUUAAUGAUAUACACACACACACACACACACACACACACACACACACAAGUAUAUCAUUAUAUACAUAUAUAGAUAUCUAUAUAUGAAUACGGUCCAAUUGGAAAGCUUUGUUUAAUGAACAUUUUCCUAUUGGAGAAGUUGAUAUAUUUGUUCAGUUAAAGGAUCUUUUAAAUAGACUGGAGGGUGUUUAGGAUUUUUGCUGGAGACCCUUGUUUGGGACAUGACAAAAGCUUCCACCAACAUAGUCAGGUUCCAUGUUCUGAAAACUCGGCCAUGGUCUAGCAGUAAAUUUCGUUCAUGACAAAGGAAAACUCUUUAGCACCAGGGCCUCAUGUAAGUUACAAGUGAAGCCUGUUAACUUCUCAAGAAAGAGGUGCAGGUCAUGGGCCCUGGCACAGUUCCAUUGGCUUCUCAGGGGACCUGAUGCCUGCAUUCAUUUCCAUUUAAAGUGUCAUUGUUAAUUUGAAUUCUCAUAUGUAUAAUCCAGUGUUAAAGUCUUAUCCAGGAUACUUUCUUAGUAUUUGCAAUGCAGAAUUCCACGGCUUCUUUUCCAAGCCCUUGGGAGGUUUUAUUUAUGAAAGGAAAGAAGGUUCACUGGAUGAUUUAAGAUUUAAAAAAAAUGCUAUAGGAAACAGUGCUUCCAGGACCUUUCAUUUGCAGUGGAAGGUAGGGUGGCCUCUUUAAGGUACCCAGACUGGCACUCACUACCUAGCUCAGUUUGGUGUGUUCCCAUCUCCUAUGUACAAAGACGGCUGAAAUAGGAUUCCCUCACUCGAGUCCACCAGGAACUGGCUAAACAAUUUCAAGCCCUAAAUAGCUUGGGCUAGUACCUUGUUGCUUCCUGAGACUCAUCCUUCUCUUCCUCUUGUGAACUAGUUGUUGUUUUCCCAUCUCAUCCUCUGAAUUGGGCAUUGCAGUGUCUUAGAUGUUGCUCUAAGGGGAGCUAGGGGAGAAAGGACUAGAUUCUCAGCCAGUGCUGCAGUCUUGAGUCUAGGCUCUGUCGCCUUGUUCCCUCUGAUCUGAGCAUCAUUUAACCACUCUUAGUUUCAGGUUUCACUCUGGACUUUGAUGAAUUUCUCCUGGGUAAAAGAAUGCAUAUCUGACAGUAAGUGCUCAGAAGACAGUCAAUAGAAUUUACAGUUCAUUUUUGUGAUACCCAUUAGAGAUGAUGUUUUGUAAAAUUUACCUCUCUUCAUCCAUUUCAUGUCUUUCUGUAUAUUUUAAGAAAGGAAACAAACCUUUCCUGUAGCCUUGCUUUUGGCACCUCCUCUUCUUAAAGUCAGCAGGUAACUCUUCUAAGGGUACUUCGGGGAGUUGGUGGUGCAGGGCAGACAGGAGGAAACUAUGAGGUUGUCACCGCUGCUUACUACAGGAAGAGUAGAGGUGGCCAGCAUUUCCUCCGCUGCCGUCUCCUACUUCUUUGGAUUGACUCCAAACCUUCAUUGACUCUUUCCGUUAUCCAAAGGUUUGCCCUUGUUGUAGCUCCUCACCUCUCCUGGUCACCUGUCACCUGUCAUCCUGAGCAUUUGGCACUUCUGUAUCCUGUCACUGUUGGUUUGUUUAUUACCUAUUUUCUAUUUAACCUAAAAAAAAAAACCAUUAUCUUAAACUUAUGACCAUUUUAUAAUGGAGGGAGUGACAAGAUGCUGAGAACACUUUCUGAACUGUUUGCAGACAGUGCUAUUGCCAUUUGAAAACCUUUUUGAAGAAUGUCUCAAACAAUAUUUGGAAGCACUCCUAUUUAUUUUGUUUGUAAGACAUGAGGAAUACAGGGAAAUUACUGGGGAAUUUCUCAUGGGUUUAGAUUGCAGAGAAGUAUGGUAACACAAGUUAAGUGUAACUGAGUAAAGUGCUGUUACUUUUUAAAAUCAAGGGUUUUGGUUACAUUCUCAGUGGUGAGACGUGACAUCAUCUAGUAGUCUCCUGGUUGUCCAGAAUUUCUCAUCCUUUUGAAACUGUUCAGAAUAUAAAGGACAUUAUUUGAUUUUAAAAUAUAAUGUUUUUUAAAUGUGUGUGAAUAAUACCAUUUGCAACAGAGGGAAGUUGAAAGAGGAGGAAUUGUUAAGAGGUCAGUGCACAAAAGCAUGUGUGAUGAGGUUCCCUGCGUUCCGCAAGCAUAGUUCCUCCAUCCUGUUAAGAAUUUAAACUCCAGUGAGAUACAAGUUUGCUAAUAUUUCACUCUAGGGAGUGUGGGCUCUACCAAACACAUGCACUUAAAAUCAUGGUGCAUUUUGUGUGUGGUGGAUUUGCCCUCCUCCCUUGGAGAUCCUUGUUCCCCCUAGGUAAUCCAGUGUGGUGUCUUGGUUUCUGAAUUUGCCUAUGACAGAACAUAGCUAGAAUUUGUUUGGGAGGAAUUAAUGCUUAAUAUUUGAAAUGUUUUCAGUAAACAGGAAGUGCUACCUCUUUGUGGGGGUAGGGCAGCAUUCACCUUUCUGAACAAGCUGAGCUGUGAUCCAGAAUAAUUUCUUAAUUUAGGAGAUUGGCUCUCACAUUCUUUACCUGUGUGUGUGGUACAUGUGUUGAACUUAUCUAGUGGUUUUCUGAACUGAUUUAUUUAGCAGUUUCUGUAACAGUCUCUCUCAUUAUUAUUUCAAUGUCACAGUUCCUUGACAGAAGCUGGAGUGCUGGUCUAGAGUGAGCAUUCUGUGCCUGUAUUAUGCCAUGGUUAGCUCAUGGAAAAGGAAGUAGCUGAAGGCGUCAGGUGGGGUGGGGUGGGGGUGGGGUGACGGAGGGAAGGACAGUGUGAUGCUCCUGUUUUCCUUUAGAUGCUGUCCUGUACCCACAGCUAGUGUAUGUAGUCUCACUCUCCCCUUUUGGGGAGUUCCCAGGUCUCUGAUGUCAACUAGGAAACAGUACGGCAUAAAUACCUAGAAAGAGGAGUUCUGAUGUGUGAUCAUCUAAACCCAGAACCAGAGUCCUUUCCCUCCUAAUGUCAGCUGGGAAACAGUACGGCAUAAAUACCAGAAAGAGGAGUUCUGAUGUGUGAUCAUCUAACCCAGAACCAGAGUCCUUUCAUCUUAGAUGUGUAUUGGUAAUUACUGUUUAAAAAUUAACUUUUUUAGAGCCCUGUCUAAAUGAGCAGUAGCUUGGGACUACUACUGAUAUUAAAACAUUUUGUUUUGCUUUUAUUUUAAGUUUUAUGUAUUUGAGGUAGGGGCUCACUCACUGUAUAGCCCAGGCUAGUUUUGAACUUGUGAUCCUCCUGUCUCAGCCUCUCAGGUACUGGGAUUAGGGGUGUGUGCCACUGUGCUUGGCUCCUUCAUUUUAAAUCAAAAUGUUUACGUUCCAUCACUCAAUAUGGUUGGGAUGGAACAGUUUUAAAGCUUUCUUCCUGGAAAGACAACUGGAGGCUUUUGUUUGCAUAGCUUUUUUUCAGUGUUUAUGAUAGUGGAUGCGAUUUCAGGGAGAAAUAGAGAAACAGUCUGACUCUCUCCCCAGUACGCACCUUUGGUCUUGAGGUCCACCUGUUUAGAUGGAUAAAUAGGAAGUUCCCCUGUUGCUCAUUUUAGCCAUAUAAUCUGACAGAACAUUCACCUGUGCUUCUACCCUCGUAUUAACCUCAGCCUUCAGAUGUCCCAGGAUGAGGGAGCAGCUUUGAAGUUAUGUGGCUUUGUUUAAGUAGCAAGUAUAAUUGAUCCGGCAGAUAAUACUAAGAAACUCACUUUAAAAUUGUAGUAGCUCUCAGCCCACUGAUGAAUCAUUUAGCUGAACCACAGUACAAUUUUUAAAAGCUAAAUGAUGUCUCAGUGUCUUGAAAGUUAAGAACCUUUUGCAGAGUGUACGUAGGGGGCUGGGGUUGGCACCAGUGAGCUGGCUUUGUUUGUGCACUCCACCUACAGUGAGACUCCAGGCUUAGGAAGGGCCACUGAGACAGUCCAACUGCUACCUUCUUAGGGUUCCCUAGGAACUAGUCAGCCACCAACUACGACAGGAGACAACUGCUUUCACUGUCCUUCAUCACGCAGCAUUUCCCUUUCCUGUUGGCUCGCUCUUCAUUUUCCAAGCAAGUAUGAAACGGGGAAAUAUGUAGUCAAGCAAAUUAAAUGUGGGAUUUUAAAGCUGAGUUUUAUGGUAAACUAGAGAUUCCUGUGUGAACAGUGUUAGUUUAAUAUUGUAGUACAAGGACAGACUUUAUGUAACCUUUAGAAAUACGUUUGCCAUCAGGGAUUUAUUUUUACAAUAAAAAUACUAAAUGUACUGUGAAGCUUAAAGACAGGAAGAAUAGACAUUGGAGGGUGAUACUCAAGCAAGAGUGUUUGAUGAAGUACCUGCAUUAUGUGAACACAACUUCCCCUUCUGUUAAGACUAUAAACUACACUGUAUGAAGAUGUGUACUGCAUGUUUACAUAAAACAGUUUCAUUUUGAAGGAUUAUUUAAAAUAUGUUUAUAUGUAAUACCUAACCGGCUGUAAAUAUUGUAUACUAUUGAUUUUUAAUUUUAUAUGAGCAAUUUUUUUAUUUCCCAAGUCAUGUACAAAUUUCAUUGUAUAUAUAGCAUAACUCCCUGGAGAACACAAAUUUUGCAGUGAAUUUUAAGUAUUUUAAUUGCAGUAAGCAUCGGGUUAGCCUCAGAGAUGCUGGUCCUUAUUUUAAAUUAUUUUUCACCACACAUUUUCUUCAAAGGGCAGCAAUAAACAUAUGCAAGUUAUCUUGAUCCUUGAAAGUUGGCCUGCGAAGAUGAGACUGCAGUCAAUCCACUGCUGUAAAGAUGCACAACUCACACCAUCCCGCGUCUGGUCCCAGGACAACUUCGGAGAGCCGCACAUGGCUCUUCUCUUUGUAGUAUACAGGGUGAACUGAGGACAACACACAGAACAUCUGUUAAACUGAACCCAGCACUUCAAUGUCGUACACAGAAUUUAUUGUGUCAUUACACAGAAUUUAUUGGAUUAAAAUUUGUAAUAUACAGUAUUUUAAUAAAGUUUCUGUAUUCAAUUUCAUGCACUUAUAUAUAAAUAAACCUGUCUUCAAAAGCUUUA